AUGGCUACUGAAGCAGGAGUUCCAGUUGCGUUAUCGACGUAUCAGGAUGAAUCAACUUUUCAAUUUGAACGAGUCAAAGGCUCAGAAAUCGUCCGACCCCAUCUUUCACUUGGCAAAAACCCCAGUCGAGAUGAGCUUGAACUGAAAAUUACCGAAUAUUAUUGUUUAGACGAACUUGUUGAAGUACUCAAGAAGAGUAAAGAAGACAAUAUAAGUAGGGAAUACAACAGAAUCACACUUCAAUUUCCAGAUCUGUUAAUUUGUGACUCUGCCACUAUAGUUCAUGAGCUUCAGCGUAGACUUGGAGUGAUUAAUGACGCUGUAUCAAGACAAAAGCUCUGGAUAUUGGCUGACACAUCCUAUUCUCCAUGUUGUAUAGAUGAGGUUGCAGCUGAACAUGUCAAUAGUGAUCUUGUGGUACAUUUUGGAGAUGCCUGUUUGAACCCCAUAGACAAAUUGCCCGCAGUUUAUGUUUUUGGGAAGCCGGUGGUGGAUGUUGCCAAUUUAGUGAAUCAAUUCAAAACAAGAUAUCCUAUAGAAGAAUGCCAGCUGCUGAAGAUAUUGCUUAUGUCCGACUCCCCGCACACAUAUAUCUUGAAGCAAGUAUAUGAACAGUUAGCUGUUGAAUAUCUGGGCUUAUGUUAUGCUGAUUUAGCUUUGGUUCCAUCCACUAAAGCUACAAUAAUAGGUUAUAAACCUCACUCUGUAGUUGAUGCCAAAUUCAAAACCAUGAACAGAGCAUUGGUAGGAUUGGAAAACGUUGAAGACUAUGAAAAUGAUGAAUUUGACAUUGAUACUAUAUUGAGCGAGCAUGAGUUGUUCCAUAUUUCAACUCCUGAAGCUCCCAGACUUCUUCAGCUUGUCACCAAGUUUCUGUCAGUUACAUUGUACGAUGCCUUUACCAAGCAGAUCUCACAGGGUCCAUACCCCAACUUGAUGAGAAGAUACCGGUAUAUGCACAUGGCUCGCUCGGCUGGUACUGUAGGGUUAUUGGUGAAUACUCUCUCUUUGGCCAAUACGAAGAAAUUGAUUAACACGAUGGCCAAAAGGAUCAAAGACGCAGGCAAGAAACAUUACAUCUUUGUUGUUGGCAAGCCAAAUGUAGCGAAGUUGGCCAAUUUUGAGAAUGUAGACAUGUGGUGUGUUUUGGGCUGCGAUCACCAGGGUAUUAUUGUUGACCAAAGCAACGAGUACUUCAAGCCUAUUGUUACACCUUACGAGCUUCUUCUUGCUCUCAGUGACGAACUCACCUGGACGGGCAAAUGGAUUACCGACUUCAAGCAGGUUUUGAAACAAGUAGAUGAAGAAGAGGAUGCAGACGAAGAAGAGAAACACGAUGAAGAUGAUGACGAAGAUGCUCCUCCAGAAUUUGAUGCAGUAACUGGAAGAUACGUCAGUACUUCCAGACCAUUGAGACAGCUUCAACACCUUCAGAUCUCGUCACAGGAAGAAGUUAAAAACGACGUUGAGUCUAAGGCACUAGUCAACAAGCUCUCAUCGGCAGUGGCUAUCAAGAACACCGUUUCUACCUCUGCACAAUAUCUCCAAACUCGUCAUUGGACUGGCUUGGGGAGCGACUACAAUACAGAAGAAGGAGAAAUUUCUUCGGCAGGAGCCAACUUGGAAGAAGGAAGAGGAGGAAUUGCUCGUGGCUACGACUACGAUAGAGAGGUUCAUAGUUAAUAUGUAUAGUAACAUGUAUAUAGAAUAUAGAAUAUAGAGGAAUACGAAGAGGUAGCUGUGAAUCUACCAGGUUAAU